GCUGAGAAUCUUGUGGUUCAGCACUCAAGAGAUGGCAACCAUACCUUCUGAGGAUUGCAAGGAAAAACACAACAAAAUCUUAUUAUUCCUUAGCAAUAACCAAGUGCUUGUUUGGGACAAAGAAACCGUGAUGACACUACGAAAGCAGCAUCACAUUGUGGGAGCCUUGGUUGGCUCUUUACCCAGUAAACCUCGGCAGAAUUUGAUCUUCUCUCUACCACUGAUUUUGCUACCUGAAGAGGCAAAACUGCUACUGGACAAGAACAUUGCCAAGAUGGUGGAAAGCCAGGAAACAAGCCCCUCGCAAGAAACUGUCAGGAAAUUUCAGGAUGAAAGAGAGGCUAAUAUGCAGGAGCAAAUGGAAAGGCUUCAAGAUUUAAAACAACAGAAACUUGCAGACUUUGCGGACAUUAUUGAAGAAGGUCGUGAAAAAGGGAGCCGUAAACGAAAAAGAUCCAGCAAAGAUUACGGCAGGAAACAACGACUUGUUGAAAAUGAACAAAAGCAAAGUUUCGAAUCAAAAAUAACAACAAACACUGUGGAACAAUCUGAAACUCAUACAAGUGACAGUAUAAUGCAGUCUCUUGACACCAGUGGGUUAUUGGAAUGCACUGUCGAUUUCCUCAGACAGGAACGAUCCGAGGAAGGUUCUGAUGGUACCAAUAAAGCUAAUCUGCAAGAUUCUACUCUGGUUUGUGUAGACACCAAAGCAAAACAUAUACAGACCAAAGAUAUAAACUGGAAAUUUCCAGAAACUGAGAUUGAAAGAAUUCGAUACAAAGUUUUCUCAGAUCUAUGGGAGAAAGGUUAUUUUAUAACAAAUGGCAAUAAAUUUGGUGGUGAUUAUUUGGUCUAUCCUGGAGACCCAUUGAGAUUCCACUCACAUUUUAUUGUAAAGGUUUUACCUUGGGGAGAAAGGUUUACUGGGUUGGAUCUUAUUUGUGUUGGUCGGUUAGGGUCGACCGUUAAAAAGACAAGUGUUUUAGCAUCUGUUGAUGAGUCAGGAAAUGUAAUUUAUACAUCAAUUCAGUGGUCAGGAUUUUUGUAAAUUUCCAAAGUUAACCUCUGAGUGAAAAAUUGAUGUGAUAAAACAA